AUGAUGGUUAAGAAAGUGGGACCUCCAAAAUAUGAUGAUUGGGAGAAGGCAUUAACUUUGAUGCAUUUUCUCAAAAAGUUUCAUGAUGCUAGAUUGAAGUUUAAUGCAACCAAAACUUGUACAUCCACAAUAAUUUUCCUAGAAUUGGUUGGGUUACAAGUUCAAAUAGAAAAGAAAAUGAAGGAUCCUAGAAAUCCUACUAUGCAACAGGUAGAAUUUUCAAUGAAGUUGAAAUUUAACAAGUAUUGGGGGAUCUUUGAGGUUGUGAAUAAGCUUAUAUUUUUGGGCAAUGUGCUAGACCCAAGGAUGAAGCUUCAAAUGCUUCAAUAUAAAGGGGUUGGGGGUGGUGUUGCGAGCCAAAUUGAUGAGGAUGAGAUUGCACAAAUUGGUGAGGAUGUUAAUGCCACAUUUUAA